AUGCUCCGAAAUCAAACAAGUACUUCACGCCGUACGGUCGUGUGUGCGUGCACGCGCGGCGCGAGCUAACCUAUCCUCUCCCCCUCUCGUUCGUAUCUAGCGACGGUGCCGACCGACGAUGUCGAUUUAAAAGGACGAACCACCACCAACAGUCGUGUGGCGAACGUCCAGUCCCCCGCCGCGGCGGAACGCGACAUGUCAACGCGCGAGCGUGUCUGCCCGCUGAUUGAGAGACGUUGACCCGCGUCACAUUGCCACGCGAGGAUGUUCGUCGUCGACCCGUCAUCGCGCCUCGCACCGCAAACUUGAUAUCUAUUUCGAGUCGUACGGCAAUGCGUUAAUCGUUUAUUUAUAAACGUCGCCGCGCCGCGCUUCUCCAGCCCGACGUUCACCCCCGUGGCCUUCCGCGCGCUCUCGUAUUUUUGCCCGUAUUUAAAAUUAUGUGUUGAGCUUUAUUGUCCCCUCUGUCACUCUGCCCUCUCUCACCUUCGUGCCCUUGCGAAUUAUGGACGAGGUCUGGUUUCACCUCUCGAAUCAGCUCGAAACGUUGCAGGUAAUCGGAUUUCCCUCUCGUCUUUCCGCGCCGGCUCCAACGAGUGUGCUUUAUAUAAUAUUUAUAGUUAGGAUUUUUUAAUUAAUCCAAGUAAGACAUUCCAUCGUUCUGCAAUUAUUGCCUUCGUUAGCAAAUUUCGCGUCACAAAUCUCAGUAUACUACAGAAAAAAAUUUGGGGGAAGGUUCAAGCGUCGAUGGCGGCGCAACAGGGACAGCAGUGGUGUGCAGAAUGGCUAGCCCAGUUACGUCAAUUUAUCCUGCAGCUUUGCAACGAGCAGCACGCCCAGCAGGUCAAAGACGCCAUGCUGCGCGUGGCUGCUUCCGUACAAAGAGGCUGGCAAGAGGUGCAAUUUCAGUAUUACAGUACACAAUGGAGUACGAUAGAUUUUUAUCGCCAAUUAGGAACCUUGUGUGCUAACAAAGUGUCAAGAAGAGAAGCAAUGUUUUGCCUGACAGGCCUGGUGGUAGGAACUGUAACGGGCUACUACAUCGGCAUAAAUUGGAAACCCGCCUCUCGACAUGUGCAUCACAUAAAAACUAUCGCUUGCCAUCAUUAUUAUGGUAUCGAGGGUGUGCUACUCAUAGACGAUGCCGAAAUGCCAACGAUUAAGAGAUCGAACGAAUUACUUAUACAAGUCAAGGCCGCGUCACUUAAUGUUAUCGAUACAAAGAUAUGCUCCGGUUAUUCUAGGAUUUAUAGGAGAUUACUUAACUCAGGAAAACAGAAAGAACUACCGGUAACUCUCGGGAGGGAUUGCGCGGGGGUGAUAGUCGACAUUGGGCAAGGCGUUAUCAAUUUCGAUAUCGGAGACGAAGUAUUCUUGGCCGUUCCAUCGUGGGCUUCUGGCACGAUAGCGGAAUAUAUAAUUGUUCCAGAGACGCAAGUAGCAAGACGGCCUAAAUCGUGUAACUUCGAAGCCUCCGCCAGCCUGCCAUACAAUGGUUGCCUGGCAUGGGACGCUCUAGUUAAUAGAUCUGUCAUCAAGGAGGGCAACGCCAAAGGAAAACGAGUCCUCAUUUUCGGCGGGAGCACUCCGAUCGGUUGUAUUUUGACGCAGUUAAUUAAGUUGUGGGGUGGAUACGUAGUAACCGCCUGCCGAACGGACGCCGUGCCUGUAACGAAGGCAUUGGGUGCCGACGAAGUUAUAGUAAUAAACGAAACCGACGUCGAGAAGGAACUAGAAUUGCACGACAAAUACGAUGCGAUUUUUUAUACUGAUAAUCAACCUUUCCAAGAACACAUUUUAAAGAAACACUUAUUACCUCAUGGCUCCUACGUGUCGACCGUGCCUGAGCAAUUGACGUCGGACUCGCUGGGAUUUAUUUGCGGAACUAUAUUUGCCGGGUGUGUUAGAAUAAAAUUAUUGGUUCAGUAUAUGUUCGGAUUUAACAUGCAUCAGUGGAAGGAAGGGGCGAGGUUGAACGUCGCGUAUUUGCGGGCGCUGUGCGAGCUGACGGAUGCGAAUCAAUUGCAAACGGUUGUGGACAGGGUCUACGCGCCAUACAAUAUCGAGCGAGCGUUGCUCCACGUCUUAGAUCCGAAUUCUAUUGGUAGUACAAUUAUAACGUUUCAGUGACGUAUCAUUUGAAGGAAUUUAUAUCGCGACUGUAUAUAACGGUAUAUAACUCUUGUACAUAGCAGUGUAUAAUUCUGGCGGAUAAUCACUGCCGUAUCACUGUUAAUAAAUAUUUACAUUGCAAACUAAGAAAUGUAGUAGUUCAAACGUACUUGGUACUGAAAUAAAGACUGACGUGAUAUAAUUAGUAGCUCAGACACACAACACAUCUUCGUCCUUUUCUAAAUUCUUUUCAAGUUAUAUUAAUAAGAAAUAAAAUACAUGAUGAAGAUAUACAAUGACAAUAAAUGUGAUGAUCACAUGCGCGAAUCUAAUUAAUAUAACAAUGUAGAUUUUUUAUUUAAAAAAUGUGAUUAUACGACUAUUAUUGUUGAAUACUUGCUAAUGGAAUUUAUAAGAAUAUAUAUUGUACACGAAUAUUGUAUAUAUUUUGCGAAAUAAAUAGAAAAAGUUA